AUGGAGAAGGAGCUGCAGGACCUCAUGGAGCAAGUGCGACAGCUACGGGCAAACAAGGAGCGGCUACAGGACGAGGCUGCGGCUCGGACAGAAGCACAAGCGGGUCUGAGUGCCCCCUGGACAAUCAUGAACACUGCUGCCCCCGAACGCAUCAUCUACCUUCCACAAGAAAGGAAGUGCCCCAUGUUUAGGGGUACUCAUGGUAUUGGGGUAGAUGAGUGGGUGGAGGAGGUACGAGCUAGCAUGAGGGCUAGACAUUUGGGUCCCAAUGACCAGGCAUGCUUUAUUUUUGAUCAUUUAGAGGGCGAAGCCAGGGAUGAAAUAAAGUACAGGCCACGUUUAGACCGUGAUGACCCAGAACGCGUUCUAGCCAUUUUAGAGGAGCUCUAUGGGUGCCCAAAGUCCUAUGUGUCUCUACAGGAAGACUUCUUUUCUAGGAGACAGUUAGAGGGAGAGUCUCUGCAAGAAUUUUCUCAUGCUUUGUGUUUCUUGAUGGAGAAAGUUGUUGCUAGUGCCCCUAACAGAAUGAUUAACUCUUUUAUCUUGCUGCGUGAUCAGUUUGUAGAGAAGGUUAAUGACUUUGAUCUUCGUAGGGAAUUGAAGAAGUCUGUUCGUAGUGAUCCCACACUGUCCUUAGUUGAUGUACGUGCUGAGGCUAUCAGAUGGGAACGUGAGGGUAGCCCAGCUAACAGUAAACACUGUUCUAUUUCCCCUUUAUGUGCUGUGCAGAGCUCUUGUGUCCAGCGUAAUGUGGAGUGCCCACUUAGCAGUUCCAAUUCGGAACAGCUCGCAGCUUUGACCGCGUUGGUAUAUAGGCAACAGGAGCAGCUUGGUCAGCUCACAGAGGCCAUCAAAGCGAUGCAGGCGGUGCCCCUCGUCCCCAGACCUAGUCGGCCCAGUAGCGUUGUGUGCAGACGGUGUCACCAGGCAGGACACUACGCCCGUGAAUGUGAGAAUGAGCAUGUCCCACAUUGCCCAAGUAACUCUUCACGUGCUCCUCGCACCGUAGCCGCUACUUCCCAGGCAGAAUUGGCAAGGGUUAGGAGAAAGGGGUCAGUUCAGGUACCAGGAGGUGCUAAUGAGAUGGUUGCUACUACCUGUUCGGUACAGGUUGGGUCUUCUGGGUUGUCUUCAUUCAGAUACUGUGAUCGCCCAGCCCGUGUCAAAAAGAAUCCUGAAGCCUUCUUGAGGCAGACAAGGGUCGAUGCCCCAAACAAGCUCGAGAAAGUUCUCCCCGGAACGGCCGUACCUGAUGCCCUGCAGAGGACAGCGAGAAGGGGUAAGCGGCAAAUUGCAGUGCAAGCAGAGGUAACUGCCUUUCUUUCCCGCACCUCAGCAGAUCUACAGGCACUCCAGCAAGCGGAUCCAGCCAUUGGAGCCUUUCUUGGCUUCUGGCACCAGCAGAGGGCGCCAAGUCAAGCUGAAAGACAGGAGCUGAGUCCCCAGGUGCGUGGGUUGGUCCGGCAGUGGGACCGGAUUGUGCAGACUGAUGGCCUGCUGUAUCGUCGGCUGUUUCGCCCAGAUGGUGGGGAGGAGGUCUACCAACUCCUGCUUCCAGAGGGUCUCAAGGAGGAAGUGUUGAUGCAGCUUCACCAGAAUCACGGGCACCAAGGAAUCGAGCAAACUACUGAGUUGGUGAGGCAGAGGUGCUACUGGCCAAAAAUGGACCUCGAGAUAAAGGAGUGGUGUCAGCGUUGUGAGCGGUGUGUCCUGGCCAAAUGUACGCAGCCAAGAGUUCGAGUGCCCAUGGGUCAUCUCUUAGCAGCUAAACCGAACCAAGUGCUGGCUAUAGACUUCACCUUGUUGGAGCCUGUCCGGGACGGAAAGGAGCUUGUGCUGGUGAUGACAGAUGUCUUUUCAAAGUUCACUCAGGCCAUUCCCACCUGGGACCAGAGAGCAGCUACGGUGGCAGAAGUGCUGGUGAAAGAGUGGUUUUAUCGCUAUGGAGUCCCAGCCCGCAUUCACUCUGAUCAAGGGAGAAGUUUUGAGAGUGCUGUGGUUCGACAGUUGUGUAAGCUGUAUGGAGUGAAGAAGACACGCACCACACCCUAUCACCCACAGGGUAACGGUCAGUGCGAACGGUUUAAUCGGACUCUGCAUAACCUACUAUGCACUCUGCCUCCUGACCAGAAGAGCCACUGGCCUGAGCAUCUCCCCCAGCUUGUUUUUAAUUAUAACUCCACCGCUCAUCAGUCGACAGAACCGACUGAGGGGAGAGUGUGUGACUGGGUGGCAGAGCAUCGCUGGCGGCUGGAUGUUGCUUUUGACUCUGCCCGGGACCAAAUGGAGGCUGCGGCAAGGCGGCGAAAGGAGCGACAUGAUCGGGGGGUGCUGGAGGAACCGUUGAAAGCAGGUCAGUGUGUGUACCAGCAUGACCAUGCAGCACGUGGCCGUAACAAGAUCCAGGAUAAGUGGGGAUCAACUGUCUUCGAGGUGGUGAGACCACCUGAACCAGGCGGAGUGGUCUACUCCGUAGCCCCAGUCUACGAUCUAACUCGUGUGAGGCAAGUGCACUGGACAAUGUUGAAACCUGCCCUGCCCCAGUCCCCUGGACAAAUUCAGGUCAGGCCACUGCACGCACCCGAAGUGGCAUCACCUUCAGAAAGUGAUGAAGAGGAGGAGAUGGUGGAGAAUGGGUUAUGGGUGGUAUUGACGGCACCACAGGACCACCGGCCCACUCCAGCUCGUCCAACACCGCCUGCAGCAGUUGCCAGUUCCUCCCCUCUCACACCGUUCCAUGGAGGCCCUAGCACCAGCGCAGCUGUCCCACGCAAGUCUCUAAGGAAAACGACAGGGCAUCACACAAAUGUGCAUCGUCUCCCACGACCAGUGCAGGGGGAGGCAAGUAGGGCUACAACCCCUCAGGUAUUGGGUUCUGGCAGCCUAGGUGCAGGUAUCUUUCGUCCUUGGCCUUGAUAAAAAUUGGGGGAGGUAGAUGUAACCUGCUGAUUAGCGCUCAUGCCCCACA